GCCCCGGACCGGGCGGGAGCGAGGGAGGGCAGCAGCGUGCGGAGGCGGCGUGAGGAGGCGGCCCGACCGCCCCGCGGCCCGGCCAGAGCGGCGGUGCCGGUCGGCGAGGACCGAUCUCGGAGCUUCUUUGGGGCGCCUUAUGUUGUCUAGGUUUAUCAACGAUGAGACGCAGCAGUAACGCUUAGCGAUGGGCGACGUUCUAGCUUAUGAAGCCGAGUUACUCGGGCUAGUGAGAGAGUAUUUGGAUUUUGCUGGAUUUGAAGAAACAGUGAAAGUAUUUACAAAAGAAUGUAAAAUAAAAGGGAAGCCACUACCUAAACAGGCAGGUGUUUCCUCAAGAGAUUCAAAAGCUUUGCCUGUCCAGAAAGAUCUGCUUACAGCAUUUGAAAAUGGUGAGCAGAAGGUUUUCUUCCAACUCUGGGAGGACUGUAUUUCAUCUUCGGUCCGAGACAAUGAACCGGUUGCUCAGAAGCUGGAGUUCUAUCUUCAUGUCCACUUUGCAACCUACCUCUUAAAACACUCUGUGGGACAGCCUAACAAAGCUGAACUUGAGGAAAGGAUUUCUCAUUUUAAAGUAUACCUGGAAACAAAAGGAGCUGCACUGAGCCAGACUACAGAGUUUCUUCCCUUCUAUGCUUUGCCUUUUGUUCCAAACCCCACGGUACAUCCUUCAUUUAAAGAACUUUUCCAGGAUUCUUGGACAUUGGAUUUAAGGACAAGAUUGGAAAAGUUCCUGUCUCUGACUCUCAAAGCCAGACAGACUCCCCGGCUUCUCACUUUAUUUAAGGAGAAUGGACAGUGCAACAAAGAAAUGUUGCAACAUCUUCAUCAACAGUUAGUGGAAUCUGAGCACAGGACCAUGACCUACCUGAAACGAUUUAACAAAAUGCAGGUGGACUACCACAAUCUCAUUGGAGUCACUGCAGAGCUGGUGGAUUCCUUGGAGGCCACAGUCAAUGGCAAGAUGAUCACGCCAGAGUAUCUUCAAAGUGUUUGUGUUCGCUUGUUUAGCAACCAGAUGAGACAAAGUGUAGCACAUAGUAUUGACUUCACAAGGCCUGGAACUGGAUAUUACUCUAUGAGCCCUUGUGAUGACGGAUAUGCUUCCACAAUGUUAAGAGCAUCUUUAGGCCCUCUGAAGAUGCAGGAUGUGCCAUUGUUGCCCUCUUUGGAUUAUGAGAAGCUGAAGAAAGAUUUGAUUACAGGGAAUGAUCGUCUCAAGGCCUUCUUACUGCAGGCUCUGCGCUGGCGCUUGACAACAUCAUAUCCUGGAGAACAGAGAGAGACAGUCCUGCAAGCCUACAUCAGUAAUGACCUCCUAGACUGCCACAGCAACUGUCAGAGAAGUGUCCUCAAAUUAUUACAUUCUAAAAGUGAGGUAGUCAGACAGUAUAUGGCAAGGCUCAUCAAUGCUUUUGCUUCACUGGCAGAAGGUCGUGUCUACCUUUCUCAGAACCCAACGUUGCUGCAAAUGCUGGAGGAGAGACUGAAAGCUGAAGACAAGGAUUCCCUUACAUGGGAGAAUGUUUUGGGGGCUCUGCAGAAAUUCAGCCUCAGGCGUGCACUGCAGUCGGCAAUGAUCAAAGAUGGGCUCAUUUUCUGGCUGGUUGAUGUUCUAACAGAUACAGAUUGCCUGUCUGAUUACACACUGGAGUAUUCUGUUGCCUUGCUCAUGAAUCUUUGUCUGCGGAGUGCAGGGAAGAAAAUGUGUGCAAGAAUCGCAAACCAUGUACUCAGAGUUCUCUCUGAUCUUCUUGGCCAUGAGAAUCAUGAGAUACAACCAUAUGUGAAUGGAACACUGUAUAGCAUUCUUGCCAUCCCUUCUGUCCGAGAGGAAGCCAGAGCAAUGGGAAUGGAAGAAAUUCUGCGCUGCUUUAUCAAGGAAGGAAAUGCAGAGAUGAUUCGACAGAUUGAAUUUAUUAUCAAGCAGCUCAAUUCAGAAGAGCCAUUAAAUGAUAGUAUUGUGUCUGACGAUGAAGAGGAAGAGGAGGAUGAGGAAGAGGACCAUGACAUCAUGGAGGCUGAUCUGGACAAAGAUGAGGUUUUGCAACCUCAGCUGGGAGAGCUUGCAGGAGAGAAGCUGCUAACAACUGAGUACUUGGGAAUAAUGACUCAUACUCCAAAAACCAAGAAGAAGCUGUUUCCUGGUGUCCAUCAGAGUAUAGAUGAGCCUCUCCAGAGACCUGUGACACCAGGUUAUCACAGAACUAUGUACCUAAUGCCAGAGAACGAUACCAGUUCUUGUCCUGAUAGGGAUGAGAAGCUGCAGUCUCUGCCGAGUGGUCAUCCUCCCAUUUAUGGUGGCAGCAGGUCCGGCAUUUCUGACCUCUGCAUUUCCCCUUCAUCAGUUGAAAUGAAGUCAUCGAAAGUAUUCUCAUCAGGCCACAGAAUGGACCGCAGCAUCCCAGCUGAUGACAAUAUCUCAUCUUCCCAAUCUACUGGCUUCAUCCAGGACAAAGUAAAUGGGCAGUCACAUAGAUGCCUAUGUGUGGUUUUGGGGUUUGGUCCCACCCCCCACCUCCUCCAAGUUGUGCUGUUUCCAUGCGAGUUUCCCUCAGCCUUCACCAGCAAACCCAAGAUCCCUCGCACUCCUGAAGUGCAGAGUGCCAGCCCUAGAAAGGGAAAGAUCCCAGCCAUUGCCCCCCAGUUCUCUCAGUCUGGACCCCAACAAACAAGCCGUCCCAGCUCCUCAGGAUCAUCCACAAGGAGCAGACAGAGCAGCCAGUCCUACAGGAAGUGAGAACAGUUCCUUUCCUCGAGAAUCACCUGUCACAUUUUUGAAGGACAGAACCAGCUUCCUGUAAUGAUCUUUACUGGCGACCUACUGAGAAGAGAGUGAGGUUAUUGACAUUGCACAGAGUACUUCUUGCACAGUGAUUUAGGGAUUAUCUGAUGGGAUGCAUCUAUUGUCUCUAAAGCUGGCUAAGACAAGCGCCUUGUUAUUACAAUUCAAGGUCUCAGCAGCAGCCCAGGACUAGUAUGGGAGAUGGGUAUAGUACCAAUGUCUCCAAUAGUUUAUGCUAAAGUGAUGUUGCCAGUUUGAGAAGAAACUCUUGCUCUCUGCCUUCUGUGUCAGAGUGACGACCUUUGGAGACAGUAUGUAGGGCUCAGCACAGGAGUCUGACCAAGCAACUGUCUUGUUUACAUAUUGCUUGCUGAACUAUCCUGCCACUUGCUUUUUUAGAAUUAUGCCUUUGUGAAUGAGUUGGGAGAUAGCUGUGUUCAAAGGAUCUGCACUAGGAGGGAAAAUGUAGGCCAUAUGUGCAGAGCCUCACUGCCUGGAGCAGUGGGGAGUGAGAUCUAUGUUUGGCCACCAGAGACUGGAGAUAAAGUAUUUCAUCAACUUCUGUUUGACCUGUGGCAGUUUAAAAACACUGUGCCAGUGCCCAAGGCAGCAUCCACAUUCACCUCUGAGGAUCUGAUCAGCAGCUUUAUCUGCAGCAAUUAUUCCUAUUCCUUCUUCUUGCAUUUUUUUCUUAAUUCUACUGUUUAACAUUUGUGGGAAAAAUAAUCCAUUUUGUCCACUGGAAUGAAGAACUUUGUUUCUUCAUUCAUAGAAGAAACCAUGAGAAUGUGAACAGAUCAGAAGCAACUUUCUGUUUAUGCGUGGCUGUGGACAAUCUUCUUUGGUCUUUGUUGCUUUUUUAUGUUUUUCAUUUCUGAGCAGUGACUGGUUAUGUCUUUAUGGAAUUUGUGCUGGUCUUCAGUGAAUAUGAAGUGCUGGCUAGGCAAGAGAUAUCAGGAAGCCCUCCACUAAAUAAAAGAACAGCAGUUAGUUCUGCCAGUGAA